AAAUGCAAUUUAGUGCACGCUCAACUAUUCUAGCAUUUAGAUCGGGAAAAAAUAACGCCAAACAGUUUCCCAUAUAUAUUUGAAAUCGAAUGAAGAGAAAAUAGCAACUGUAUACGGAACUAUUUAGUAUUUUCACUUUUGUUUCUCUAAAAAGAGUCAGAAAAACCUACAAAUCGACAAUGUCAACAUUUUUGCUAAAAUUUAAAGCCAUACUUACCAAAUAUCCCGUCACCAGGGGUAUGGUUUCAUACAGUUUGAUAUGGCCCACCAGCAGUUUGAUACAACAGACGUUUGAGAACAAAGAGUGGGGGCAUUAUGACUGGUGGCGUUGUUUACGUUUCAGUUUGUAUGGUGGUCUCUUCGUGGCUCCAACAUUAUAUGGAUGGAUAAAAAUAUCAUCAGCAAUGUGGCCAAAAACAUCUCUCAGGACAGCGGUGAUGAAGGCUGCCGUUGAAACAAUAUCAUAUACACCGGCAGCUAUGACAUGUUUUUAUUUCAUUAUGAGUUUGUUGGAAAUGAAGACCAUAGGUGAAGCAUCUGCGGAAGUUAGCAAGAAAUUCCUGCCCACUUUUAAGGUCGCUGCCUCAAUAUGGCCAAUUGUAGCCACCAUUAACUUCUCCCUGAUCCCAGAGAAGAAUCGUGUUCCUUUCAUCAGUGUUUGUAGUUUAAUAUGGACAUGUUUUCUGGCCUAUAUGAAGCAUUUGGAACAUCAUGAAGUCGAUGAUGAAGAGAAAUUUAUAUUGGCCAAGAAAAAAGAAAAAUAAUUGUAUUAUAACGUAUUAUACAUAGAUAGGUUUAAAAAGUUGUUUUGUUGUUAUGUGGUGUCGCCUAGUAGCUAGAAAAUUAUAGUCACUUAUUUUGUU